AGGAAGAGGAGGAAAAGGAGGUAAAAGGAGGAAGGCGAAGAAGGCGAAGGAAGGAGGAGCCGCCACCGCCGCUCCCCCCCGGGCCGGCGCUGGGGAUGGUGUUGGCCGCGGCAGCCGGGCCCUGACGCCGCGCUCAGGUGGGAAGCAGCAGUGAUGCUAACGCUGGCCAGCAAGCUGAAGCGGGAUGAUGGCGUCAGAGGGCCCCGUGCGUCCAACCCAGCGUCCGACUCCACUCGCAGGGUGUCUGUCCGGGACAAAUUGCUCGUUAAAGAGGUUGCAGACCUUGAAGCUAAUUUACCUUGUACAUGUAAAGUGAAUUUUCCUGACCCAAACAAGCUCCAUUACUUUCAGCUAACUGUGACCCCAGAUGAGGGCUAUUACCAAGGGGGAAAGUUUCAGUUUGAAACUGAAGUUCCUGAUGCCUACAAUAUGGUGCCUCCAAAGGUAAAAUGUUUGACAAGAAUCUGGCACCCAAACAUUACAGAGACAGGAGAAAUCUGCCUGAGUUUAUUGAGAGAGCACUCAAUUGAUGGCACUGGCUGGGCCCCAACUAGAACGUUAAAGGAUAUUGUCUGGGGGUUAAACUCUUUAUUUACUGAUCUUUUGAAUUUCGACGAUCCUUUGAAUAUUGAGGCUGCAGAGCAUCAUCUGCGUGACAAGGCAGCUCCAGCGUACCAGGAUAGCGUGCAAAGCCUCCUCAUCUGCUGCGUGCAUUGUCUCUUCAGUUGUUCUCUUUUUUACCAGAUGAGGACUUUCGGAUUAAAGUUGAAGAUUACAUUAAGCGCUACGCGAGAUGAUGAAGGGGGACGGACGGCGGCACCGUGGCUCCGAUCCAGAGUUGUCCUCAACUUCAACAGCAGCCAAACCAGCCCGGAUUGUACCAGUCCCGUGUCCAUGUUGUACCGAAGAAGAAAACUAACUUCAUAACCUGUCCGUGUUCAAAGGAGAGCUCAGCAUAAAUACAGCAAGAAAUUGUGUCUGUUGGUUGAAAGUUGUCUGCUUCCUUUUACAAAUGUUUACUCUUCUGAACUGUACUGUAUAUCCUGUUGAUAACGCUUGAGAAGUUAAAUCACUAUUGAAAUUGUAAUUACACUUUUUUUUUUUUUUUUUUUUUUUAAACUCUUGCCCAAUGUGGAGGGGGGAAGGAAAAAAAAAAACCAACCCGAACAACCCAAGCAGAAAAGGUGGUGUGUUUUUGGAACGCUGAGUUGGCAAUAAAUGGUCUCCUGUGAACCAAAUCACAAAACUGUUGCCUUUGAUGAGCAGAAACAAUAUGAGCUUUUUCGAAGAGUCACUCAGCUGAGGCUUAGAGCUUGCCAGAGUGGAAGUGCAAAAUGAGAUUCUAAUUCUGGUAUUGAAAUUACCAAUGCUAUUUAAUGUAAGUGUUUUUGUCACAGUUUGGAAUUUUUACAUUGUUAAUUUUGGGUCCUGUUUGGGCUACAGCAUUUUUUGUUUGGUUCUAUUCAUUGUGUGAAGUAGUUAAAAGAAAUACAGGCUAAUACCUAACUUAAGUACAUGUUUAGUAUUAGUAAAAUUAUAUAUAUAUAUAUAAAAUAUAUAUUAUAUAUUUCUGUGAAAAAAUUAAUGAAAGGGAGAUUUUUUUUUUUAAGAAAUCUGCCUUUGGCUUUCCAGUCUGGCUGUGGUGAGGGAGCAUCAGAUGCUGUUUGAUCUGAUGAAGGUAAAUGUAGGCACCUGGAGAGCACCUGAUUGUGUUCUCCAGAUUCCUGUGCUGAAAGGGAAUGAGGCAGCUGGAACCACACCACGUUUCCCCCCCAUGGGUGCACACUUGGCUUUCCUGCUUUGGACGGGCGUGAUGCUGCAGUUGCCUUUCCUGUGAGGAGCUGGAUGGCUCUGAGAGCCUGCAGAGGAGAGCAGCACGUACCUCAGGAGCAGCUUCAGUCCUGUGCCGGAGCUCCCUGGGCAUCCUCCAGCACUGGGAUCACGCAGGGGAGCUGAUGGAGCCCAGCUGAGCUUUUAUAAACCAGAGAAAUAAGUGUUUGUGUGGUUUCAUGCAGAGCAGCUGUGUGUGUGACGUCUGGGCAUUGACUGUUGGGGGUUUGGUUUAUCCCCCCUUCCCUCUUUCCUGCUGUUCCUCUGCUGCAGAUGCUGGAGGGAAUGAGAACAAUCUCCAUCGCGGGCACGGCAGAGCUGGGGCGCAGACUGGGAGCGUGAAACUCAUGUGCUGAGUUUUCCCUGUGCCUUAUCCUCUACAGCUUCACCAGCUCCUGUAGCUGUUGCUGGAGGCCUGGGAAAGCAGGGAGGUGAAAGGCAGGGAUUGGCAUGCAGGAGGAGAGCUUCGCCUGCAGACGGUAUGAGGAAACACAGAUCAGCCCAGUAUUUUAAGCAGGCAACUGCACUGAGAGAUCUUUGCUGCCAAAAGAGAGAGGUCAGCAAAGGUAAGGAGUAAAACACUCACAGAAAGAGCAAGGCUGGGAAUUACGUGCAGGUUUUGCUUACAGCAUUUGGAAGGUUGCUGUAAUAAAAUAGUUCUUGCUGUGGAGGCACCCUGGUACUGUUCUGUCCCUCAGGAGGAGGGGUCACAGUCCCCAUUUCUUGGACUGUCACCAUGGAUGGCUCCCCACUGGUGCCAGGGAGCUGCUGCUGCUGUGCCCGGGGCAGAGCACAGCCAGGGUGCUGCUCAGGGGAGCCAGGGAAAGCUGUGUCCAUCAAAGCCAUCCCUGCUUCCCAGAACUAUCCUGUUUAACCCCUUCCCUGUAUUGUUGCUUGCCUGGAGGAGAUGAGCAGAAUUAAUAAAGUUUGGAUACUGUUAAAUACUGUACAA